AUGCGAUCCUUACCAGAAAGACGAAAUCCAUUGAUCGCGCCUGGUGUGGCGCCAUCCUAUGAAGAGUUGGUCAAUAGAAGAAGGCUGGGUAAGACGAAGUUGACGGUGAAGCCUGGUCAAAUCGGGACAUCCAAUGCGACCAAGGCGGAGAACUUGGGGCCAUUCGAAUACGCACACCUGCGCGCGCCUCUGCCGGAAGAUCUCACAGGGUCCGAGAUCUUUUCUCCUCCGCAGAAUCAACCUCCACGCGAAGGGUAUUUCCUCAUGCGGAGAAGCAAGGACGGCUUUGUGAGCGCGACUGGCAUGUUCAAGAUCGCAUUCCCCUGGGCAGCGCAUGCAGAGGAAAAGGAAGAGCGCGACUACCUCAAGAGUCUUGAUGCGACAAGCCAGGACGAAGUCGCCGGCAACAUUUGGGUCACCCCGGAAUUCGCCCUCCAACUCGCCGAAGAAUAUGGCCUCACCGAAUGGAUUCGUGCGCUACUGGACCCAGCCGAGCUUGCUCAAACGCCUUCAAGCUCCAAGAAACCGAUUGCGGCUCCUCCCCGGUUCGAAUUCCCCGAAGACAAGACCAGACUGGCACCUCCCACCAAGACCCCUCGUUCUCGGGCGACAAGAUCAGUCUCUCCUAGCAAGGUAGGGAGCGAGAUGAAGAAGCAGGCCUCGCCGCGAAAGAGGCAAACAAAGGCGCAGAAGGAAGCGAAUCUUGCCCACGCCAAUGCCGCAAGCGCAACUCUGCAGUCUGCGCUGGACGAUGCCGCCUCUGUCGCGGACACGGAGCCCAAAACCGAAUCACCACAGCUCUCCACUGAGCCCGCCACCGACGGGGAGAAGGUGAAGGUUCAAGUGGAGGAAUCUGUGGAGGUCGACGGCACAACCGAAACCACUCAUACAAAUGUGACCGUGGAGAUGCCGCCCGGCUCGCCUGAGCUACCAUUACCCGAGGAUACAGAAAAGAUGUUGGAGACGGCAAGAAGGAUGGUACAGGAAGCCAAAGCCCUGGAAGAUUCUCCGAAAGUGUCUAGGAAACGCAAGGCCCCCGAACCCGAAUCAGAACCAUCCGAUGUCGACCAAGAACCCUCUGAACAGCCGGCAAAGAGAGCAAGGCUACUGGAGGAAAAGCUGAAGAAAGAAAAAGUGAGAAACAGGGCGGUCUUGGGUCUGACAGCAACACUGGCUAUUGCGUAA